CGGAGGUCCAUGCUUCUUCGCAGCGCAGCAUCAGCCCUGCUGAGGACCACCACCGAGAUCCGCUCCCUCCGCCCGGUGCCCACCCUCCGCUACCCGCCCGGAGACAGGCCGCUGUCCACGUCGCUGUGCCUGCGGAAGAAGAAGAAGACGAAGAAGAAGGACGAGGGGAGCCCGUGGCUGCAGCUGGCGGAAAAAGAACACACCAUGGACGGCCACAUCGAGGAGAUUCUCGCCCCUCUGAGGCUGGCGGUCAAAGAACAGGGGGAGCUGGUUCGCCAGAUGAAGCAGACGGGGGUCCCCGAUGUGGAUGUGACCCGAGCUGUGGCUGAACUGAAGGCGAGGAAGAGAGCCCUGGAGUCAAAGGAACUGUCAUUACAACCCAAAGAUGACAUCGUUGACAGAACCAAGAUGGAGGACACCCUCAAGAGGCGCUUCUUCUAUGACCAGGCCUUUGCCAUCUAUGGAGGUGUGAGCGGCCUGUAUGACUUCGGCCCUGUGGGCUGUGCCCUGAAGAACAACAUCCUGCAGGCGUGGAGGCAGCACUUCAUCCAGGAGGAGCAGAUCCUGGAGAUCGACUGCACCAUGCUGACCCCUGAGUCCGUCCUCAAGACAUCAGGACAUGUGGACAAAUUUGCUGACUAUAUGGUGAAAGAUGUUAAGAACGGUGAAUGCUUCAGGGCUGACCACCUCCUCAAAGCCUUUCUCCAGAAGUUGAUGUCUGAUAAGAAGUGCACAGCAGAGAAGAAGGCUGAGAUGGAGGAAGUCGUCACACAGAUGGACAACUACACCCAGCAGGAGCUGACCGAUCUGUUUGUGAAAUACAACGUCAAAUCCCCCGUCACAGCAAAUGACCUCUCACCUCCCAUCCUCUUCAACCUGAUGUUUCAGACGUCCAUCGGACCGGGGGGGAAUAUGACAGGCUAUUUGAGGCCUGAAACCGCUCAGGGAAUCUUCCUCAACUUCAAGCGCCUGCUGGAGUUCAACCAGGGGAAACUGCCCUUUGCUGCUGCUCAGAUAGGAAACUCCUUCAGGAACGAAAUCUCCCCUCGCUCUGGACUCAUCCGUGUCAGAGAGUUCACCAUGGCUGAGAUUGAGCACUUUGUGGACCCCAAUGAGAAGGUCCACCCUAAAUUCUCCAAUGUAGCCGACCUGGAGCUCAUCUUGUACUCCUCUAAGGCCCAGACCAGUGGACAAUCUGCACAUAUCAUGAGGCUGGGAGAUGCUGUGGAGCAGGGAGUGAUCAAUAACACCGUCCUGGGAUAUUUCAUCGGGAGGAUCUACCUCUACCUUACUAAAGUUGGUAUCGCCAAAGAGAAGCUGCGUUUCCGACAGCACAUGGACAACGAGAUGGCUCACUACGCCUGUGACUGCUGGGACGCCGAAACCAAAACCUCCUAUGGCUGGAUCGAGAUCGUGGGGUGUGCAGACCGGUCUUGCUUUGAUCUACAAUGCCAUUCACGAGCCACCAAGGUCCCUCUGGUCGCUGAGAAGCCUCUUAAAGAACCCAAAGUUGUAAACGUCGUCCAGUUCGAAGCCAACAAAGGAGCCAUCGGGAAGGCCUAUAAGAAGGAUGCCAAGCUAGCCAUGGAGUAUCUGUCCGCGUGUGACGAGUCUUUCAUCACAGAACAGGAGCAGCUACUCAAUGAGACUGGAGAGUUCACCAUCCAGACGGAGGGCAAGACCUUCAAACUCACCAAGGACAUGGUCAGCGUGAAGCGUUUCCAGAAGACUCUGCACGUGGAGGAAGUCGUUCCAAAUGUAAUUGAACCCUCCUUUGGCAUCGGAAGGAUCAUGUACACCAUCUUUGAGCACACAUUCCAGAUCAGGGAAGGAGACGAACAAAGAACGUUCUUUAGCUUCCCUGCCACUGUAGCUCCAUACAAAUGUUCCGUCCUCCCUCUGAGUCAAAACCAGGAAUUCGUGCCAUUUGUUAAGGAAUUAUCUGAGGCGAUGACCAAGAACAGCGUGUCUCACAAGGUGGACGACUCCUCGGGAUCCAUCGGGCGGCGCUACGCCAGGACGGAUGAGAUCGGCGUGGCGUUCGGCAUCACCAUCGACUUCGACACAGUGAACAAGACGCCGCACACGGCCACUCUGAGAGACCGCGACUCCAUGAGGCAGAUCAGGGCCGAGGUCAGUGAGUUGCCUGUGAUCGUCCGGGAUUUGGCCAACGGCGCUUUGACCUGGGCGGAAGUGGAAAGCAAGUAUCCCAUCUUUGAAGGACAAGAGACCAGCAAGAAGGACACAGUCGAAGAGUAAAGCUCGCUCCUCUGCCCCCGUCACUCCAUGAAAAUCCACGGACUUGUUGCAUUUGCACCAAUAGGAAGAAUAUGCUGCAACUGUGAUGUGAUAAGCUACAGUGGUGCACCGAGCCCUCCUUUUGUUCCACACCACUGCAAACACUAAAAAUGUCAUGUAUUGUUGGCUUCAUCUAACAGUUGUGGGGGAAAGCUUGCACAGGACUGUUGUUUUCUUUGACGAGCAGUGUUUCAUUCAUGUAUGAUCAUGUCUAUAUGUUUCAAAAGGGAGGAAAUAUCAUCAGGUUGUUUGAGUGCAGUGGAAGAAGGAUUCCACCAUUUUCACUUUUCAGGCAGAUUGAGAUAUUUAACCAUUUCAAUAAAAACAGCCAGCACUUUCUGGACAUGGGCAAACAA